AUGGGUAAAAAAACGAAGAAGCCCGGAAAGGGGAAGGAGAAAACGGAGAGAAAAACAGCCAAAGCAGAGGAGAAAAAAGCCCGCAGAGAGUCCAAGAAAGUCUCACCUGAAGACGACAUUGAUGCCAUUCUGUUAAGCAUUCAGAAGGAAGAAGCUAAGAAAAAAGAAAUUCAUGUUGAAGAAAACGCGCCUCGGCCGUCUCCGCGGUCCAAUUGCUCGUUGAAUAUUAAUCCUUUGAAGGAAACUGAAAUGAUACUGUAUGGUGGUGAAUUCUACAAUGGUACCAAGACGUACGUUUAUGGGGAUCUUUAUCGGUAUGAUGUGAACAAGGGAGAUUGGAAGCUUGUAUCUAGCCCUAACAGUCCACCUCCUCGCAGUGCUCACCAGGCUGUUACAUGGAAGAAUUAUUUAUAUAUUUUCGGUGGUGAAUUUACUUCUCCUAAUCAAGAGCGUUUCCAUCACUACAAGGACUUUUGGAUGUUGGAUUUGAAAACAAAUCAAUGGGAACAGUUGAACUAUAAAGGUUGUCCCAGUCCACGUUCUGGUCAUCGGAUGGUUUUGUAUAAGCACAAACUUGUUGUUUUUGGUGGAUUCUAUGAUACUCUCCGAGAAGUGAGAUACUUCAAUGAUUUGUAUGUCUUUGAUUUGGAUACUUUUAAGUGGCAAGAGAUAAAACCGACACCUGGAUGCUUAUGGCCUAGUGCUCGGAGUGGUUUCCAACUCUUUGUUCACCAAGACGAUAUUUAUUUAUAUGGUGGCUAUUCGAAAGAGAUAUCUUCUGAUAAAAACAGCUCGGAGAAAGGGAUUGUUCAUUCAGACAUGUGGGUGCUUGACCCUAAGACUUGGGUUUGGAACAAGGUUAAGAAAGGUGGGAUGCCACCUGGACCUCGUGCUGGUUUCUCUAUGUGUGUACACAAAAACCGGGCCGUGCUAUAUGGGGGAGUUGUGGACAUGGAGACUGAAGGUGAUGUGUUAAUGAGCUUGUUCUUGAAUGAACUUUAUGGUUUUCAAUUAGACAUCCAUCGAUGGUACCCUUUGGAGCUGAGAAAGGAGAAAUCAACUAAAGAUAAGAUAAAAAAGAUUAAAAAUGAAGAGACUCAUGCUCCUUCUGACACUAGUGAUGAUCCUAUGGAGGUAGUUACCAAUGAUGAAGAUGAAAAUAUGGACUGUGACAUUGACGAUAUCUCGUCUAGUAUGGAGAAAAACAUCAGGGUUAAUGGUGCUGAGGUGGCGGUCAAAUCCAAUUCAAAGACCCACGAUUCAAACUCAAAAGUGUUGACCCCGUGUUCCACUUUGGAAGAGGUAGUGAAACCUUGUGGGCGUAUAAAUGCCAGCAUGGUAGUGGGAAAAGAUACACUGUAUAUCUAUGGCGGCAUGAUGGAAAUACGAGAUCAAGAAAUCACACUUGAUGAUUUGUAUGCACUUAAUCUCAGCAAACUUGAUGAAUGGAAAUGCCUUAUACCGGCAUCUGAGUCUGAGUGGGUUGAAGCAUCAGAGGAUGAUGAAGAAGACGACGAUGAUGAUGAUGAUGAAGACAGUGAAGACGAAAACGAGGAGAAAGAUGAUAGUGACGAAGAUGACGAUGAGGAAGAUGAUGAUGAUAUGGAGGCUCAAAAUGAUGGUGUGUUGGGAGAUGCUGUUGCAAUAAUAAAAGGUGAAGGAAAAAAGCUUAGAAGGAAGGAAAAAAGGGCUAGAAUCGAGCAAAUUAGGGCCAGUCUUGGUCUUUCCGACUCCCAGAGAACUCCAAUGCCUGGGGAAGCUCUGAAAGACUUUUAUAAGCGGACAAACGGUUAUUGGCAAAUGGCCGCAUAUGAACAUACUGCACACACAGGAAAGGAACUCCGUAAGGAUGGUUUUGAUCUUGCUGAAUCUCGGUACAAAGAGCUGAAGCCCAUCCUAGACGAGCUGGCGAUUCUAGAGGCGGAGCAGAAAGCCGAAGAAGCUGAAGGUCCUGAAACUAGUAAUUCAAGAAAGAAAGGCACCAAGAAAAACAAACAUCUGGGCUCAAAGUAGUCUUUGAAAGUUCAAAGUUGGCUCGAUAGUUAACUCAAAGCCAAAGUGGCUCACUCGCCCAGGCACUAAUGAUGGCUUGAUGGGAUUAGCAAUUGGCCUGGUGCUGGUUCGAUCUGCGGAGGUUGUUUGUAUUUUAGCUUUUCUUUUUUGAGGCUGGUGUUAGUUCCCUUCAUCUGCAAUUUGAAAGUAACCAGAUAUUUAAAAUCCUCCUGUGAAAGACUGGAGAUUUUGUAUUACCUGCUUGAAUAUAUAUAGUAUUUGUUAAAGUUUAAUCCUA